CUCCAUCACCGCUCGCGUCGUCUCACGAUCCGCCAAACUCGUUAUCCUUGAUUCAUCCUCGACGAAUCAUAGGGAUCAAUUAAUUGAUACCCGUCUAGGUCGUGGUAUUAAUAUCAUCUGUCUAUUUAUUCAAGGGCUCCAUCCAUCCAUCCCAGGCUGUCCUUUGGGAAAAACCUCACACCAUGUCCCGAUCCGCCGCAGACGCAACGAGAUUCACGGCCACCGGCCCCUACGCCAGCUCCAAGCCCGCGGGGUCGGGCACGCCCUACAAACUCCCCAGUUUCAUGUCAAGCGGACAGAAUGCCUCUCCACAGGGACCGGGAGGCCACCAAGAGACUCCGAAGGAAAAGGUUGAGCGGUUGCGAGCGCAGGCACGGGCGGCCCGGAUGGCACAGUCGACAUCACGCGUGGAUACGAUGAUUGAUUCGGGAAGAAAAAUUGCCAAUAAGGCUCACAAGGCCAUGGUUUACACGCUUAUUGCUGCGUCGGGUAUCUGUGGUGCUUUGACUGUUUACUCCGCGAUCUCCCUAACGCUAUACAACCGUCGCCAAAAGGCACUGUGGCUCGACAAUGAACUCCAGAAGCUGCGGGAUGCACAGGCAGCGUAUGCCAACGGCACCGCCACCCCCGAACAAGCCGAGAUUGUGAAGAACGAAACUAUCGGGGAGAUUUACAAGCAAAAGAAGGAGGAGGAGAAGGAGCAGCGACCCUGGAACAAAGCAAAGCGGUAUCUACUCGGAGGAUUGAAGACGGAUGAAGCCGCCCCCAAGGCUCAGGGUGGUGACAAGCCCGGUGUGCUGCGGGCCCUGGAAGAGUCCAAAUCGAAUGAUGCAGCAACAGCAGCAGCAGCAUCCCAAUCACAGCCACAGGGACAACUCGAUGUCCUGGCUGAGAAUGCCGAAUCGGCCACCAAACAAACAACACGAAGCUGGACGAGCUGGAUCACUGGACGAUAGACAGGAUGGAAAUGGGAUCUAUGUUUUAUUAUUAUCAUUUGUCUUGUGAUUGUUUUUGCGCUGUUAUGCAUGGCAUAAUCUUCCUUUUCUUUUUCCCAUCCAUCUCCCUUCUAAAGUCCACUGGGGUUGCGGCGUCUGUCUAUCUAUCUAUUUAGGGGUGUGUUCUGUUGUUUUCUUCAAGGAAGACUGUAUAUUUGUGUACAUAUACUUUUUUGGACGCCUUGGUUACAGGGUCUUUGCUUUCUGCUCAAGAAUAAAAAGUGUACGUGUGAUAGGAAUGGUUAUACAACUUGACAAUUGUUAUGAUGAUACUGCUCAUUUUGAUUGGUUAACCUGCUAUAUAUGCUUCAUUGGUAUCUUUUCUGGAAACAAACAUCAGAUGUCCUCGCGAAAUUAACUCCAUAUCCCAGUUUUCAUAGCAAGGUGGUCAUUACCCCCCAUUAACCCAGACGCCAUAAGAUCAAAAAAAAAAAAAAAAAAAAAAAAA